UCUGUAUGAACUCUCUAGGGGCACCUGGUGGCGGGAAGCCCCAUCCGACAGAGGAGCAGACUAUGAGGACCAAUGGGAGGUACGUGCACAAUCUGAUAGCGAACCCUACAGACCCCGUCGAAGCCGCUAAGGCAGCAGCAAUCUCUGUCGCUCGAGGGAUAGGCCCCGAGACGGUGGAGGAGCGUCUGGCACUGGACGGCCACUCCUCUCAAUUGCCGUCUGAGGCGGCCAUAGGACAGCUCGUACACGCUAUAACGACGAGCAAGCCCCACGACACUGCGCCAACAGUGGUCUUCAGAAGGCCUGCUUGACCUCGCUUGUGGCAACAUCUUCACGAGCUCUCUGCUAAUCAACUACGCCAAGUUGAGAGGGAUAGAGCUCGUCAGCAUUAUACGGGAACUGAAAGAGGCUGCGGCUACUGUCUCAACCACUGGUUGGGCACCCUCGAUGGUGGAGCAUGUCAGAGAGCUCAUGAAGUUAUCCACCAUUAAGAAGCUGGACAUGAACUAUGUCGGUUUCUUCUGCUGCACUCUGGGCCUCAUGGACAUGCUGGAGUCCCAUCAAAUGGCAGUUGUACUAUCCGGCCUAGCUACUUUACAUAAGCCUAUUAGGAAGACCAUCGCAGAGCACUUAGUCCGAACCUAUGAUACGUCGGCUCAGCUCAUGAAAGUGCUCGAGAUGCUGCGAGAGUUCAUCACUCUGUCUACACUCGAACAGCUUGGCAGACUGGGGCUUGACACUAUACAGCUUGAUACAUUACAGCUGCGGUCCCGUCAGUGGACGAGUUUCCUCACGGAAUGCAGGAGACCUAUGAAGGGGGCACUUGAGCUCAUCGCUGCAAUCUGGAGAGCUAACACCAAACAACAUGGACCUGAGCGCAUACCAGCAGCAGAGUUCUAUAACGACGCGAUAAGCCAGACAGAUGCUCUCCUGAGGCACGAAGUGACGAGCUGGAUCAUCAAUGUGAGCCUCAGUGCUUCACGAGGGUACACUGGGACUAGGGAUCGUGCUACGAGCUCGUCCUCGUCCUCAUCAACCAUAUCACCACCACCGGAAGCGACUUAUGACAAUGACAAUACUCACGCUGUUCGAACACCCCCUCGAAGUGACGGUAGUCUAGUCUCUUCGCCGAGCAUCUCCCGGGACAGCUUUGACCCAGCAGGGUCGUCCCCGUCAGGCAAUUCGGAUAUUGAUGAUAGUAGACCUCCUAACCGUCGUCGGCCUCGUCCGGAUGGGACUGAGAUGGAGCCCAUGCUAGCUGAGGAAGGAGGGCUCAUGCGCCGCCACAUGCGGAGGGGUCUUGGAGUAGCAUCGCGCCAGUUGGCUGACUUCGGAGUGUUGACUACUGCACCUUGCGUGUUGGACGUGGGAGCUCGAGUCCGUGUGCUGAGGCUAGAGUCCGAGCACCAUGCUCGUGAAGUGUCACAGCAACAUGCUUUACUCAGGGCUCAAUCAUCGGGUAUGAUGCUCCCUGGAGGAAGGAUCUUGAUCAUGGCUCAAGACAUCUUUACAAUACUCAAGGUUAGGAGAGAUCACUUGUUGGAGGAUUCCCUACGACAACUGGCGGCCUUUGAUGCAGACGAGCUGAAGCGAGUGCUCAAAGUUCAAUUCCAGGGAGAGCAGGGAGUGGACGAAGGUGGAGUUCAGAAGGAAUUCUUCCUACUGUUAGUCCAGGAGAUGUACGACGAGAACUACGCUAUGUUCGAGUAUGACAAGGACACUCGGACGUUUUGGUUCUCUAACAAGUGUCUUGAGAGUAACCUCCAGUACGAGCUCUUCGGGAUCGUCAUUGGUCUCGCCAUAUACAGCGGGGUUAUUCUGGACGCCAACUUCCCCUUGAUAGUGUAUAGGAAGCUCCUGUCUGCAGACAAGGAAGGCCGCCUUGACAGGCCUAGCUUGGAGAUUCUAGAGAAGGAGUUCGAUCCUGAGUUCGCUCAGGGGAUCAGAAAGUUCCUGGACUACGAUGGUGACGUCCAAGCGGCAUUCGGACUAACGAUGUCAACGGAUUACGAGUACUUCGGUGAGCGUGUUGUUGUCGACUUGAUAUCAAACGGUCGGAACGUUGCAGUUACAAACGCUAAUCGGUACGAAUACGCGGAGAAGCUUAUCAACUGGAAGGUCAACGAGUCCAUCGCGCGGCAGUUCUGGUCAUUCAAGCGGGGCUUCGACAAAUGUAUCGGGCAGUCUGUUUUAUUCCAACGGCUGUUCAAGACUCCGGCUGACUUGGAGCUCCUCAUUUGCGGUAGAAAGGAACUCGACUUCGAAGCGUUACGGUCCAACACCAUUUACGAUGAUGGCUUUACUAAGGACUCCCCUGUCAUUCGGUGGUUUUGGGAAGCAAUACUAUCUCCAGGAUGCACUGAAGAUGAUAAGUCCAAGCUACUGCUCUUCAUCACAGGUAGCAGUAGAGCGCCUCCGAACGGGUUGAACUCUGUCGAGUCUCGAAUAACAAUCUCCCGAAUGGGACCAGAUUCGGACCGUCUCCCACAAGCCCACACGUGCUUCAACCACCUUCUACUACCAGAAUAUUCAUCAGCGGAGAAAGUCCGUAAGAUGAUAAGAUUGGCGAUUGAGAACUGUACUGGUUUUGGCCUUAUAUGAUCAAUGACAAUAUGUCUAACUCUAUAACUCUUUUGU